AUGGACCCACAUGAAGCAUUCGGCAGCCGCGGACAUGGACACGCUUAUAAGUUCUUCGACACGCGGGAGGUGCGCAAGCGAAGGGCCGCUUUUCAAAUCGAUCUUCACAACAACAAGUGCCAGCUCACUACUGCUGUCAUUGAUGUGAACAAUGCCUUUUCGUUGACGUAUCCACAGAAGGUGAAACUCCAGGCCUCAGGUGUCGUCGACCAUGAUGCGACAUGGAAGUUGUUGGAAUUGUUCUUGAUCGACUCUAGAAACAGCAAGCCUUACAUCGUCUCCAACCAAUGCAAGCGAGAGAUCUCCAACCUGUGA